AUGGAGGAAGACCUGGCGACGCUGCGGAAGAAGGAUAAGAGUAUCACGUGGCAACCAUACCUUUCAAACGAGGCAAAGCAAGAUAUCUCUGAGAUUUACGACAGGCUGGAUGUCGAACGAAAGGGUUAUAUGACCAGCGUUCACCAUUUCACGAUAUCACAUUACCUCAACAGAAACACCACGCAUGGUCGCUGGGACGUUGAUAUGCGCUGUAGGACCGAGACUGUCCGCAUGAUUGCCGCGCGCAUGGACAUAAGCGCUCGACAUGGUCUCAAAAUUUCAUACAACGACUUCCUGGAAUAUAUGGCGCAAAAGCUGCUAGCCGUGGAAUCGUACGAUGACUUGAUGCGUUCCGAGCAAGGGCUACUAAUGCGAGAAACGGGGUACAAGGUGUAUGAAUUGCUCGAGAUAUUUAAGAGGAAGGAAAUGCUGAAGGACGCCAUGGCGGGCGGGGAAGGGAUACAGAGGUUGCUGCACCUCACGACGAUUCCCAUGACGCAGCGCAAUCGGCGAAAGGGCCAUCCGGGAACCGACAAUGGCGAGGCCGCCGCUGCCAACAACAUAACCAAAAGGAAAGGCGGGCGUCCGUCGUCGUCGUCACAGCGUGCCGCCGCCGGCAGCGGUGUCGCGGACGGUGGCUCCACCUCACGGUCCUUUGCCGAUGUGGGUUUCACUUCUCGCAGCAGCAGUACCGCAGUCCCACGCCGCCGCGCCAGCGGAUGUAGCGCCAUCGUGGAUAACAUGUCGUCGCCUUCACCGACAGCACAAGCGGCGUCGCCAGCAGCAUCAGCAGCAACCCCACGCGGCUCGGCGACCAACGCACGAACCAGCAGCCAUCCGCGGCACAGCCGGCGGCAAGGUCGGCGCUCCGCCCCCGCGGUCCGGGCGUCAUCUGCCCUGGCGUCGCUGCUGAGCCGCGCCGAGGGCCAGGAGGGGGACCUGGCUGUGGGCCCUACCUCAGAGAACUGGGGCUCGACGCAAAGGUGGCGAAAAAGCACGAGUUACUUGGCCGAGGAGAUGCAUUUGGCCACGGGGCUCACGGGUGAGGCGGCGCAAGCACCAUUGCGAAUGGCAGCGGACGGGCGAGAGGCUGCUAUCGCACAGCCACCGGCUACCGGGCCGUUGGGCGCGAGAUCCUUAUCCGUGGGGUCGCGACCGGACAGCCCCAAUGCCGGCUCAACGCGCGGUGAAGGCACUGCCUGGGUGCCGCAAAAGCAGCCGCAGCCCGUACCUGCAUGUUCCACAAGCGCGCCGGUGACGUCCUGCGGAGGCUGCGCAGGGUCCGCAGCCACCACCACGUCUCUUGGCCGUGUGCCGUUGGCGUCGCCGACUGUGGGCAUCCCAAGUCGCGUCUCCACUAGCCGAGUGCAGAGUCCAGCUGCGCUGAGUCCGCUGGCUAUGGCCGUGAGCGCGCCGCUGCCGCUGCCGCUGCCGCUGCCGCUGCCGCUGCCGGCGGCGGGUGCGGCGGCGGCCUUGCCGCUGGGGGCCAAGGCCGAGGGCUGGCGCUCCGCCGCCCUCUUGGCGCAAGUCCUGGAUGUUGAGCGCAUCGAUGUGCGUACUUUGGUGAUGGAGGAUCUUCGUGCCUCGACGGGACUGUCCUCGAGCCCGACGAGCCAUUUGUGCGCUCAGCCGCUGCUGAGGCCGCAGCCACCACCGCCGGCACUGCGCCAAUCGCAUUCGGCGCAGCAUCGGCCGGUGCAGGCGUCCUCGUCCCCUCAGCCGCGCCAUCCGCACUUAACUACCCAGCUGCAGCCACAGUCGAGCACCCAGACAGAUUCCAGGCGUCAGCAUCCCGCAAGCAAUGGAGGGAAACGCCAUGAGGGCGACCCAAUUGAACCAUGGGUCACUACCGACCCCGACGGCGUCCUAGGGGUCUUGCUGCGUGGCAGCAAAAGCAGCGGCAGCCAGUCCCGCCAUCGGCCGCGCUUCCAAGCGGCUUCGGCACCGGAGGCGCUUCGCUUCGAAGUGUCAGGACCCAUCGAGCACGACCCCGUGCUUGCUAAGCUCCCGGACUGGGUUCGGAAGGGAAUCGGGCUCCCUCCUUCACCCGUCGUGCGGGUUGUGGAACCUCAGCCUGACGCGCAAUCCGUCUCCGUGGCGCCAGCGGUACCGCCCCUAGGCCCCCCAGGCCCCACAAGAGCGGCGGGGGGCAGCGGCAGUCAUCCACUGCCCGCCGCCGGAAUGGCGGCCGCCGCCGCGGCGGCCUCGGCAGCUACCUCCCGGCCGGAUGUCCUCCUCGGUAGUCCCGCUAGCCGGCCAAGGUCGGGGGGCGGAAGCAGUGAUGCAGCAAGGCAGGACGGUGAAGGCGGCAGCGGCAGCGGUGGCGGUGGAGGCGGCGGGGUUUCGGAGCCUGCUGGAACCAGAGGGAACGGGCGCGGGCACCGGCCGCCGGUGCUAAGCCGUGGCUUUAGCCUGUCACGGCAAAACACAGCGCGCUUCGUACCGUUUGGCGGGGACACGGGUGCGGUGGUUGCUGAGGAAGAGGCUGCGGAGGAAGGGGAAGAAGAAGACGGGGAGCGCGUGGUGCUGCCGGCUGCCGGGUUCUCACCAGUUGUCGCGUCGGAAGCACCGGAAGAGGAGCGACGACAACAGAACCACUUACACCAUCACCAACACGCGCAGCAGCAGCAGCAGCAACUUGCAAAUGGUGUCCUUCAAGAGCAACCAGCCAGUGUACGAUUAUUCGAGCCGCCGGUUCAAACUCCAGAACUAGGCGCCAGGUCAGUCAAUGGCGAGACGGCCCUUGCCGGUGUCGACUACGCGCCGUUCGCACUGCCUAUGGCGACGAGCGGAGGUCUUGUGCGCGCAUCCCCGCUGGUAACGCCUGGACAAAUGCCAAUACGCCAGCACAUGAGCACGUGGCCUGGCGAAACAGAUGCGGCGGCAGCAGCGGCGGCAGCGGCAGCAGCGGGCGCGGAGGCGGUCCGGGCUGGCUGGCUGGCGGGUGGCGUGGAGGAGGCCAAUGUACCGCAGACAGAAUCCCUGGCGACUUGGGAGGAGUCUGUGCCUUCGUAUCAGCCCAGCGGGCGUCAUGGCGCGCUUGGCGAUAGCGCGACGGCGGCUGGGAAAGGGGUGGCGCAGAAAGGGGUGGAGUUCGAGGUCGAGGACGUCGUUGCGGACCGCGGUAACGAUGGGGAUGGUGAAGACGAGGUCGCGGUUGCGCUUUAUGAGCAGCUCCUUGGCAGCAGAUCGAGUGGCUUCCCGCCCAUGUCACUUCCCUUGCGGGGGGCGUUGAACGCUGUAGAGCGAGAGCGGGUGACAGCAUCGGUGGGGUUGCACCAGCAGCACCAACACCAGCAGCACCAGCACCAGCAAAACCUGCUCUUGCAUGCGCACUGGCAGGAGCAAGGUGCACAGCGGGCCGCUCUGUCUUCACAGUCGCCAGCAGCAGGCGAACCACAGCAGGCGAGCAGCAGCCCAAGGCCACUAACCGAAGGAAUUGGGGAACGCGCCGGCAGCGAGCAGCCACCGCCCAGCUCGCCCACCUUACCCAACGCCGAGAAUUUCGCUAAGGGACAGCAGCGGCAACACCUGCAUCUGCAGCAGCAGCAACAACAGCAGCAGCAAUGUGGGGACAGCCCCGAGGACGGCAGCUGCGACGCUGGCUGGUCACAAGACCCCAACGGGGCGCCCAGACCAAGCCGUGGCGACGGCAACAGCAAUGACACCAACGACAGCGACAGUUCCGGGCCGAAGGGUCAGCGUCGGCAUUCUCUACACGAGCCUCAGGCUAAGCCAUCUCGGCCUCGUUUCCUCACGGGCGCGCGUCCAAGCUCCGCAGCUCUGGUGCCGUCGGCGUCGGCGGUAGUGGCGGCUGCGGAGGCGCAGGCACAGGCAGCAGCGGCAGCAACCAUGCGCGUGAGCGAGGACGGCGUGCGCGUCUUGGGGCCCUGGGGGUCCCGGAAUCUGUGGUCGGCGGACUACGUCUCUUUGUCCUUCGGCGACGGCGCAGCCGCAGGCCACCCGCCGUCAGUUCGGCUCAACCACACCGCCAUGCUGCGCUUACAGACCAAGUACGGGUCUGAGCUGUUGGCGGCGGCGGGCGCAGCGUUGGGAUUGGGGGGUAGCUCUGCCGCCGCCCGCGACAUGGCGUCGAGGGAGCUACUGCAGGCUUUGGCCACGUACGGCAGUGGGCGAGCCGCUACCGCCACCGCUGCCGCUGCCCCACAGAGUCUUACCACGUCUAUCAUCACCGGCGCGCCGCGCUCUCCGUCGCCGCCGUCGUACAAGGUCUUUGAUACCGCCGCGGUCGCCGCUACCAAAGGCACUACCGGCGCAGAAAUGGCAGCCUGGUCCUCGGGACCGCUGUCGUCGGCAUCACCGCCGCAUGCGGUGAUGCCGCAGCGCCGCCGCACCAGUUCCUCAUCCGGCUCUACUAACCCUUACCGUAACGGCUCGCUGCAACGGAGCUCCAGCUCGGGCUCCGGAACCGGUCCUGUUAUUCUGCCCCAUGAAGCGGUGGGUUUGGGGCGUCAAGUCGUGCGCCGACUUAGCCAGCGGUCAUCAGAGAGCGGCUGCGCGGCUGCGGAUGCUGCGGCUGUGGGCAACAGCGGAGCUAGUGCCCAUCGCCCUUCCUCAGCCCAGCCCCCCGGGCCUGGCACUGGGCCGGCGCGCCUUCCUCGCCCCGCUUCCGCCAGACCGCCUUGCAAUCCCCUGGUCUCCAACCAGCUCCAUUACCAUCACAAUCACCAUCACCGUCAACGUGAACACAACGGGACGAACGGGAUACGUGAUGUCGCAGCGGGGCCCGUGAAGAUGGAAACUGCGGAGCGGCGGCCAGAUCCCCGCGUGAUGGGCCCUGCGGCCGUGCCAGUGGUUCCAACGGUGGCUGUCGUUGUCCCUGUACGGCAAGCCGGCGGCGGCAACGGCCGCCGCCCCGCGUCCAGAGGCCUCACACCUGCCGCCACCGCCGCCGACAGCCGAAGCUUAGUUCGUACUUCCUCAUCGGCGCUGGUGUCGUCGUUCUCUAGCCGUCCGCCGGUGCCCACCAUAACCAUUCCCCGAGUACGGCAAUUAGACGACUCGGACGUUUUGUCGUGCUUCACGACCUUGUCGGCGGCGUGCAACGCCGUGACCGCCGCCGCCGCUGCGGCGGCAGAGGGCGACAGCAGCGGCAGCAGCAGCAGAGCCGGGCUUGCCCCCCCGCGCGACAUCGCCAGGACAUCGCGGCCGCCGUCGCCAGCACCCCGCCCGGCGUCGCCGGCGGCAGCGCCAGCAAGUUGCUCUUCAGCGCCGAUUGCCGGCUCGGCGCCCGCACAAGCCCUGUCGUCCCCGUCACUCCCCCCGACUACAGCUCCCGGGCUCCCGGGAGCUCCAACGGGGGUUUCUGACGGGGGAGCUGCUGUUCCGGUGGGCUCGGGCGGGGGCAGCAGCGGGGGGAGCUCCGCGCAAAGCAGCUGGGGUUCUUCUUCAGCAGCAAGUCGAUGUACGACAGAAGCUGCGGCGGAGGGUGCGAAGAGGGAGGAACGGCAGCGACGGCAGCUGGAGGUUAGGGGUAUGGGGGCGUUGGUGCCGGUGGCGGUGAAGGUAGCGCACAAGGGCGGCGGCGGAGUUGUGGCGGCUGUGGGGGGUGCGACGGUGGGAGGGCCGGCGGCAGCGGCGGCUGUGGCGGCGGUAGCAGCCUCGGGUGGGAGGAGUGUCCUUGGUGAUUGUGUUGUUCAUGGUAAUGAUGAUAAGCUGGUGGUGAUGUAA